AGCUCCUUUGAGAAGAAAGGGAGGGACAUUCCCUGAAAAGGUUUCAGAGUUGUUUAAUAGCCGCUUGGAUUAACAAUGGCAAAAUCUCCCACUUCUGUGAAAGACAUCUUUCGCAGGUUUUCCUCGAUCAGAAAAAGCAAAAAGAAGACAUUUGAAAUCAACGACACAAAGAUCCCUCUAAAGCCAUGCACAGUUUUGCAGAUCACAGAUUAUAUACAAAAAGAUAUGCUGAAGGAGGCCUAUCUGAACCUGCUCUCCAUGCACCGCCUGGAGCUCCAGAAAGAAUUGAAAGCUGUGGGUGAAGGAGCUCCUCCCACAAAUCAAGUUCCUAAAGAGACAGAUGUCAAUAAUCUAUUUGUGACUCUAAGGAACAAAAUGUCUGUCAUUGUACGCAACUCCAGUGCUCUGCCCUUGCGCAAUAAAGAGCUGCUGGUGUGUGUUGCACAAAUCAUCCUGGAGGAAGAGAAGAGACAGGGAGAACCAGGAGCGAUGCCGGGAUGGAGGGAAGCAUGGAGGGAUGCAGUACGAGACGGGGUUCGAGAUGCUCUGAAGAAAGUUCAGCUGGACAGCCGCGAGCAGAACGCUUCCUGGUUGGCAGUGCAUCUGGGGCUUCUGGGUAAAGCUGUGGUGGAGGAUUUGGAGAGAGUGAAGACUGAACUUCUGAGCUCAUAUCCAGCAGACUUUAAAGUGUUUGAAACCUAUGUGUCCUGCCAUCAUGAGGCUGUAGGAGAGCAUUUGAAGAGACUUCUGGAAAAGGUGACAGAGCUGAAAGAUUACCAUGCUCUUCUAGAUUUCAUUAUUCAUCACUACCCAAGUGAUCUGAGAGACAAGCAGAGAAUUCUUAUAGUGGAAGAAGACUUGCUAAAUAAUAUAAAGACCUCUUACUGUCAUUGCCAAAUGGAUGACUUUAAAUCUGCACUGGAGAAUAUUAUCAUAACUGAAAAAGAAGUGUGGACAAUGAAGAAUUCUCCUGAUAGAACAGAUGAUGGAUUUCUCACUUCAAAAACCUACAUGGCCAUCUUCCAGCUGAUAGCGAGUUAUGCUGAGAAUCUUGAGAAGAUCGAUGAGAAUCUGGGGAAGUCAGUGGUACGCUUUUGCUUAGAGGAGCUAAAUCCAUUUCAUACAAGAUUCGAAGAAGAGUUUUUGCAACACACCCGCUCUCUGUUGACCUCUGACCUGCUGGACUGCUGUCUAUGGGUAGAAUAUCACAUCAGCUACAUCAACUGUUUUAAUUCACUCAAAGAGAAUAUGCAGUUUUAUAGGGAGAACUUCUCAACUCAGGUGGAGCAGCUGGAGAAAGAUGCGGAUGGACUGAUUCAAAGACUUACCCAGACCCUGAUAAAACAUUUCAAAACUGAUAUCAAGCCUUACAUGGAUGGUAUGAUGACAAAAAAAUGGCUGAAAACAAAUGGAGAUUUUAAAGAAGUUACUUGUAGAAUAGAUAAUUAUCGUGGGCUCUGUAAAUCUAUGAGAGCUCCAUCAGCUCAAGUUUUCGUAAAUGAUGUGCACUAUUAUGUAGCCAGAGAAUAUGUAUCCCAGCUGAUGAAGAAAAAAUACUCAUGCAAAAAAACCAAGAGCGAAGAUGCUGCUGUAAAACUGAGAGAACAAUGGAAUGAACUCAAGAAACUAUUUGAGGACAUGGGAUCAUCCUUAAACUGGCUUUAUCCGUUGGGAGAUUACCUUAGUGACAUUAUUGGAAUGGAAAAUGAGAGAAAGAUAAAAGAUCUGUUAAUUCCAUUAGUUAGUAAUUACCCAGACAUCAGCAAGAAGCAGUUGUCAGCUGUUCUGUACUUCCGAGACAACGGUUUUAGCUUGGAGAGGCACAAUGUUAUUAAUCAGUUUACUGUGCUUAAACGGGAUGCUGGGAACACAAAUCAUGAUCGCUCCUUCUUCACUGACACUGAAGUACUUUCCUGAAAUACAAUAUUUGUAGAUGUGCAAUACAUUAUUUGUUGCACUAAAUUAUCAGAUAACAGAAUAUAACUAAAUAUUUUGUGUUUAAUUUGAAUUAAU